AGUUUGUAGGUUUUCUGGCUGUUCCCAAUAGUUUCCUUAAGGACAUUUGUACUUUGUAGGUUCGCAUACUGUUUCUAAUCGUUUCCUUAAGGAUUCUGCUUUUACAAAUAUCAUGUCGACAAGAUGGUAUCCAAUUUACCAAAAAGGAAACCCCCAAUUGAGGAUAUUUCUACCGGAUUUCUGGCUUAAGUUAAUCAAGCCACACCACAAGCAGCCCAAAAAUGUUGUGCAAUUUAUGGCCCCGACUGAAAUGUCUGACGUCGAUAUAAAAAACUACCUAGAAAAAAUUUACAAAGUCCCUGUUGCUCAUGUUGAGUCCAAAAUUGAAGAAGGCGAGUUGAAAAGGCAGAGGGUCAAGGGCUAUGUUAUUAAAGGCCCUGAUUUUAGACGAGCUUUCGUCACUUUACUCGAUGGCAAUACGUUUGAAUUUCCCAACAUAUGUCAAGAAAAAGAAAAAGAAGAAGAAUCAGAAUACAAAAAGUUGCAAAAAGAAAUGGCUGAUAGCUACAAAGUGUUCAAGGAAAAGAACAAAUCACAUCCUGGCAUUCCUGGCUGGUUCGGGAUUUAAUAAUUGUAUUUGUAUUUUAAACUUUAGAAAUGUCUGGGUAAUUAUUUAAAGACUGUGUACAUAUUCAUAAUAAAUUUGUUUAGUUUA